AUGGGUCCAAAAAGACAAGGAAAGAAUGAAGCCAAGUCACCAUCGCUUGAUAUGUUUGAUCCUGUUAUACUGGAAAGUAAAACAGCAGGAACGGCUGUGUUGAUGCUAAAAAGUGAUGAGCAAGAUAUUCUGGUCAAAGUCUGUUUUUCCCUGUACAAAUAUGCAGAGAAAUGUGAUACUAACAAGGAUGACCUGGUCAAGCUAGGUGCAGUCGAACCUGUCUUUCGUUUAGUGCAGCAUGAAGAUAGGUCUGUAAAGACUCAUGCCUGCAUGGUCCUGGGACUGCUUUCGUCGAACUCGCAGGCUCGGGCGAUGUGCCGUAAACUGAACUGUGUUCCUGUGAUCUCUGCUUUACUAAAUCCACAAGAGGAUGUCUUGGUGCAUGAGUUUGCAACUCUGUGUAUGAUGAAUAUGGCUAAAGAUUACAGUGGAAAGACACAACUUCAGUCAGAAGAUGUGCUUCAGCCUUUGGUCACUAUGAUCGAAUCAUCAGAUCCAGAUGUGCAGAAGAAUUCUGCAGAAUGCAUUGCUCUUCUCCUACAAGAUUUUGCUGCAAUAUCACUAGUCAGAGAUCUCGGAGCUAUUCAACAUUUGCUAGCUCUCAUCCAGUCAGAAUACCCUGUCAUACAGGACGUGGCCCUUUUAGCUCUUGUACAAAUCACCAACGAUUUUGAGAGCCGCAACGAGCUCAAACAACAAGGAGGCAUCGAGAAACUUCUACAGUUUAUCCGGAAUAACAUCAGCAAUGAGCUCACAUCUCUAGCUUUGCACAUACUUGCAAACUGUCUGACUAACAUAGAGUGCACAGAGGAACUGACACAGUGCCGAGGUUUCGAGACUCUGCUGCAAGCGGCUAGUGAGAGUACUCUGAAUCAGGUCAAGCAGCAGGCGGCUGUGGCAAUUGGCAGGUUCUUCACUCAUCCAGAGCAAAAGAAACAAUGCCCGGAGAUGAAUGUUGAAAAGGUGCUGGUAGGGAUGCUCAGUAUUGAUCACGCUGGACUGCAAGCUGCAGCUGCCGAAACCCUCUCCAUAGUCGCGGAGCUUCCGUCCUGCCGAGAAGUAAUAUGCGACUCUGACGGUGUUCGCCUGGCUGUACAUUUACUGGAGAGUGAAGAUGCCGUCGUGCGGAAAUAUGCGCUGUUAGUUCUUGCCACGAUGACGCGUGACAGUCAUGACAUCUCUGCUCAAGUGUCACAUGAAGGAGGGAUCGAACCGUUGGUCACACUUCUUGCCGAUGGAAUUCCAGAUGUUAUGAUAAAUGCAGCAGGAGUUUUGACAAACCUCAUAACUGACAAUAGCCUGCGUGCUGAGAUUUUGCAGUCCAGAGCCAUCAGCAUACUUCUAGAGCCACUGAAAUCUGGAAAUCCACAACUGCAGAUCCAUGCGUCACUGUUAGUUUGUGCUUUGGCGACAGAUGGGGAAGCUAGGCUUGAGUUACAAACAUCUGGAGCCGUAGAAGCUCUUGUAGAACUUCUUCGAUCUUAUAGCGAGGAGGUGCGACGCACUGCAUGCUGGGCAGUCGCGAUUUGUGCAGCGGACACGAGCACGGCAAUUGAAUUGAUCAAACAUGGGGCACUGGAGAUGCUGCAGGAAUUAUGCUCGUCUAUUGCAAGGAGAAAUAGUUUCGCUGAGGUAGCUCUAGAGACUCUGCUGAACAACAACUUGCCUGCAAAAUACAGUUUAAAAGGAGCACUGUCGGCUACGGAUGUCGUUGUGGAUGGUUUCUAUGACGCAGGCGCAGCAAAAGCAGGCGUAAGGUUGCUGUGCUUGGAAGAGUUGGAGAAACAGCAGGUCAGCGAUCGGCUGCCCGUCGUCGUUAUAAACUUUGGCAAAUUGCAAGAAGCAUUGGGCCGAUGCCAGCUUGUGCUGUGAAAAGCGACACGCAGAUGAUCAGGAUCUUCCCAAGGCAGAAAUCCAGGAUUCAGAA